AUGGAAAAACCAAAACCAGCCGAUCAAUUAAGUAAAAACAAAACACAAUUGACCGAUCCAGAAACACUACGUAACAGAAAGCGAAUGUCACGAAAUGGGGAGAGUGUGGUGACCAACAGCGUUCUAUACGUUUUGGUUAAUAAGGUAAAUGCCCAGAUUAGUUUCAGAAAGACGAAAAAAACAAAACAAACAAUCAAAAUGCUUCUUCCCGAAAAUGUUGUGAUUGAUAACGUCGUCUAUGACCAAAACUCCAUAGCAAAACUUAACGAGAAGUUUUUGGAUGAAGUGAUGUCUGAAAAGGCAUUGAGUGUCGAAGGGAUGAAUGACAAACAGUACACGCGCACACGAGAAGCCCAAAUAUGCAACGGACUUCUCUAUCUUUUGCGAGCAUCUGGCUUCACCUUUUCAGUCAAACAAACCAAGAAAGCGAAACUUACAGAGAAGCUUGUCAAAAUUUCAUCAAUAACAAUGCCAAAUGGCAAUAUUUUAACAAUGGAAAAGUUAACCGAAAUUGGUACGGCCUUUCAACAAGCAGUCGACGACCGAUUUGGCAGAGACCAGACAGUUGUCAUCACCAACAGUGUCUUAAAAAAAUACAAUAUCCCGCCACUCGAUACCCCAAACAUACCUACCGGUGAUUCCCUUUUGAUGCAAGUGAUCAGUCCGGACAAGGAAUUUGACAAACCAAAAAGGUCAUGGACCAAUCCCUUUACUAUUUCGGCUGAUGAUGAGAACAACUUUUUUCAAAUGAAAAGUGAAUAA